AUGAGUGAGCACAACGAGAAGCUUGACGGUAAUGAGAUACUGUGGACACAACUUCGAGAAUAUGGAUGGGAUGAUCAACUCAUUCAAACUAUUAUCGACAACUGUGAUACGGAGAAAGAUGAUUGUGAUACCGAAGAGGGCCGGAUGAGACAGGCUCAACGAGCAGUUCAAAAAAUGAUUUUCGAUGCCGAAAUUCAAGCAGAAUAUAAGGAGAAGACUAAAGAGGUCAGUCUGGAAAUCAUUAAUUUUAAAAAUCAUUUGAGGAUAUGAUUUAUUUUCAAAAGGCACUAGACCACACGAACUGUUGCUCUUUCCUUUUUCUUAAAAUUUCGAAACUUCUGUCAAAUCAUUAGAUAAUGUAAAUUAAUAAGAAUACACUGUACGACCUACUGAAAUUCAUCUUUCAAGAGUUUAGCUCCACCCACUUCCUUAAUUGUUAUCAAUCAUUCAAGAUACUGUUUUUGACACCAUAACAAAAAUUUUGAAACAACACAGCUUCACCGAAUUAUCAUCAAUAUUCCAAGAGUCUUUUCCUCGAUGUUGAUCUUCAUAUUGUACUUUGUUAUUCAACAAUAAUAACAUGUUUAGACAUUUCUCAGAACUAAAACAAAAAACAAUCGGUCGUGUGUUUUUUUCUUGAAAAACUGAUAAAUAACAAACAAAAAACUUCCAGCUUGUUCCAAUUGAUUUGGCUGUUGAAAUGAAAAAACAAGAUUUUCCAACUUCAUGGGAUGAAAUCAAAGAAAAAUACAACAUCCAUCUGAUCACAGAUAAAGAAACGGGUCGAAUCCUCAACAAUGAUGUUCAAGAAUAUCGAUCUCCAGGAGAUAUACGAAAAGUGUGGAGAACAAAACGUAAGAAUGUCACCAUUAGUCUUACGGAUUAUUUGUUGAAGAGGUUUGUGGAUGAAUAGUUUUUCCCUAAUAAAAAUUGUUUUUUAAGAUUUGAUAUGGUUUUGCCUGAAAAUACAAUAAUGAUUCGUUCGGAUGAAGAUAUUUUGCCACUUGAGAAAAUUAUGGCCCACACAAAACCGAAAACAGAUUGGACAUUUAAUUUAUUAGAUAAAUAA